AUGCCUCAACCAUGUCCAUAUGGGCUCAUGGACAAACAAUUCUACUUUGAAAGACUGAGCGCUUGGCCGGGUUACCUGAUUGCCGCGCCAUCAGUGUUUCGUGCUGGUGUGGAAGAGGCCGUGAGCGUUACCAUCUUCAAUGCUGUAGAGGACACACAAGUACAGCUGCAGCUCAGCAUCAAAGGCGAGAUUGUAGCCCACAGUCAUGGCACUGUACGAGAUAAAGGCACCAUCAAAAUAAAGGUACCAUCAGAUCUCAGAGGCCACCUUCAUCUGAAGGUGUGGGGGAACCGCCAGCUCAAUGAGGGUGGCUACAUCUUUCACAACCAUACCACUGUUACAGUGGACAGCAAAGGCACAACUGUUUUCAUCCAGACUGACAAGCCAGUCUAUAAACCUCAACAGAAAGUUCUUAUAAAUGUAUAUGCCGUCACACCAGACCUAAGGCCAACCAGUGAAAAGAUUGACGCUUACAUAGUGGACCCCAGAGGCUCCCGCAUAGUCCAGUGGAAGGAUUUGAAGUCUAUUUGUUGUGGAAUUGUCAAUAUGAGCUUUCCACUGUCAGACCAACCUGUCUUUGGCGAGUGGUUUGUCUUUGUGGAGAUGCAAGGUCACACAUACAACAAGUCGUUUGAUGUACAGAAGUAUGUUAUGCCCAGGUUUGAGCUUAUCGUUGAGCCCCCUCCCUACAUCCAAGACCUCAACUCAUGUGAACAAGUCACAGUCAAGGCAAGGUACACCUUUGGGAAGCCAGUGACAGGCAAAUUAAUGGUUAACAUGACGGUGAAUGGUGUAGGCUACUACAGGCAUGAAGUUGGCCACCCAGUGAUGAAAUCAUUGGAGAUCAAAGGUUCAGCCACUUUUAGCCUCUGUGUAAAGGACAUGAUGCCCUUAGAAGUUACUGACCAUUUCCGGGGUGCGGUCAACAUGUGGGUGACAGUGAGCAGUGUGGACGGUGGACGGCAGACAAUGUUUGACGAUUCAACACCUGUCCACAAGCAGCUCAUUGAUAUCAAGUACUCCAAAGACACUCGUAAGCAGUUCAAGCCUGGUCUGCCCUACAAAGGGAUGAUUGAGGUGACCUAUCCAGACGGGAGCCCAGCGGAUGGAGUGCAGGUGCGAGUUAAGGCAGAACUCACUCCAAAGGACAACGUCUACACCAGCGAAUUGUUCUCGAGCAAUGGAAAGGCCAGUUUUGUGAUCCCAUCCAUCCCCACGGCUGCCCAGUAUGUCUGGUUGGAGUCAAAAGUGACGGCCAUUGAUGGCAAACCUGCAGGAGACCAGUAUCUCCCCAACUAUCUGUCCAUCAGUAGCUGGUAUUCUCCUAGCAAGUGCUACAUCCAGCUCCAAAAUCCCAGUUCUCAUCUUAUGAUUGGACAGGAAGCAGAGAUCUCUCUGAAGUCCACCUGUCCUUGUAACUUCACCAUGCACUAUGAGAUUGCCUCUCGUGGGAAUAUCGUACAGUCGGGUUUGAGACAUUCAAACAGCACAGCCCAUCGUGGAAAGAGAGCUACUGUCACCUUCGAUACAAAUAUUUAUACAACUACCAAACCAACACGUCACUUAGACCCUGGCGUGUCCUCUUCUCAGGCCGAAAUGGACAGCUGUGUGUCAGUUCUGCGUUUCAACGUGACACCCUCCAUGGCCCCUCUUAGUCGCCUGUUGGUCUACUAUGUUCGGGAAGAUGGCGAGGGAGUGACGGACAGUCUACAACUUCCUGUACAGCCCAGAUUUGAAAAUGAGGUGUCUGUGUCUUUGUCCACAAACGAGUCUAUCCCAGGCAGGCCAGUCAGUCUUAAGAUCAGAGCAGAGAGUGGCUCAUGUGUAUGUGUGGCCUUGGUGGACAAAAGCAUGUACCUUCUCAAACCAGGCUUCCAGCUCACACCAGAGAAGGUGUUCAAGGAACUGGCUGACUUUGACGUAUCUGAUGCAUUUGGGGUACCCAAAGAUGAGGGGCAUUUCUGGUGGCCCGGAUUGUCGUCACGGCGACGGCGUUCUUCUGUGUUUCCAUGGCACUGGGACAUCACUAAAGAUGCCCGUUUUGCUUUUACAGAGACUGGGCUCGUGGUCAUGACAGACAUGGUGAGUCUGAAUCACAGGCAGAGUGGAGGGAUGUACACAGACGAGGCUGUGCCUGCAUUCCAACCGCACACCUCCACCCUCGUCGCUGCCAUGCACUCGCGAUCUGGGACACGGACAGAGAACCGCAAACGUACAUUCUUCCCAGAGACAUGGAUAUGGCGCUGCAUCAGUGUCAGUAAUGUUACCGGAGAUGCAGAGUUACGACUGGACGUCCCUGAUUCCAUCACCACGUGGGUGGCAGAGGCUAUUGGUCUGUCUGCAGGAAAGGGGUUAGGCCUUGCUCAGACUGCAGAGCUGCGCACAUUCAAACCCUUCUUUAUCGACUUCACCCUUCCGUACAGUGUUAUCCGUGGUGAACAAACCAAAGUCCCACUGACUGUGUAUAACUACCUCCAAACUUGUGCAGAGGUCCAUGUGAAAGUUUCAGUGUCCAAAGGGAUCAAGUUUGUGGGUCAUCCAGGGAAACAUCAUCUGACCCGGAAAAAGUGUGUGGCACCUGGAGAGGCAACACCCACUUUUAUCGUGCUGCUCUUUUCUGAAUUGGUGGCUGCCAACAUCACAGCUCGCGCCAUUGCCUACAGUGAUCUAAGUUGUUGCUCUGAUGGGCUGCAGUCCAGCAAAGCAGGCAGAGUGACCGAUGAACAGGUGGACAGGAGAAAUCCCGCGGGCAUGGACUAUGUUGGCAGGAGCGUGCUGGUAGAGCCUGAAGGUUUACCUAGAGAGUACACAUACAGUGUCUUCUUUUGCCCAAACGAACGAAUCCACAUCUCCACACCCAACAAAUACGAGUAUCAAUAUGUGAAAAAGCCGGCUAAAGUCACGCAUGCACAAGUGGCCAUCAAAAGCCAUAAUGAUGCCCACAUUGCCCUCUCACCCACUGCCCACGACAGCUCUGAAAUGGUGGAAAUUGUACUGGGUGGUCGGCAAAACUUGCGCUCAUGGAUUUCACGGGGUAAGAUGGGUGAGCCUGUUGCCAGCGCCCCAACGCCAGGCAUCUUGUCCUGGGAUGAGUUCAGAAGCUUUUGGAUCAGCUGGAGAGAAGGGGGAGUGCAGGUGGGGCACGGCAUGGAGCCAUCCAGUGAAACUCUGAUCCUGCAAUGGACUGGACCACUUCCUGCUCAGGUGCAAUACAUUGGAUUUUCCACUGGCUGGGGCUCUGUAGGUGAGUUCAGGAUCUGGCGCAAGGAAGAUGCAGACGAGAACCACAAUGAGGCCUUCACUCUUGGAGUUCCACACAACGUGGUACCGGGCUCAGAGAGAGCCACUGCCUCCAUGAUCGGUGAUGUUAUGGGCCCCACCCUUAAUAACCUCGACAAGCUCUUGCGACUCCCCUUCGGUUGUGGCGAGCAGAACAUGAUCCACUUUGCUCCCAAUGUCUUUGUGCUCAAGUACCUCCAGAAAACCAGACAGCUCAGCCCAGAGGUUGAGGCAGAGGCCACCGACUAUCUACUGCAAGGUUAUCAGAGGCAGCUGACAUACAAGAGGCAGGAUGGUUCUUAUAGUGCCUUUGGGGAAAGAGAUUCCUCCGGAAGCAUGUGGUUGACUGCCUUCGUACUAAAAUCAUUUGCUCAGUCUCGUGGCUUCAUCUUUAUUGAUCCUCAAGAACUGCGAGCAGCCAAAUCCUGGCUGAUCACCCACCAAAAGGAAGAAGGAUCCUUCCCAGCAAUGGGCCGGAUACUCAAUAAAGACCUGCAGGGUGGGAUUCAUGGAAAGAUCUCCUUGACUGCGUAUGUAGUGGCAGCUCUUAUGGAAACCGGGAUUACAGCUGAGGAGGAGAAGGUAGCAGUGGCUAAAGCUAAGGCGUUUCUGGAGAGCAAUACAUACUCUGCUGAUGACCCAUACACCACAGCUCUGUCAGCAUAUGUGCUUACUCUACUCCGCAGUCCUUAUGCCCCACUUGCUCUCCGAAGACUUAACCACAUGGCCAUCACCCAAGAUGGUUUUACUCAUUGGAGUCUUACGGGCAGCACUGUAACUGAUGAGGACACGUUCAUGGGCUUCAGUGAUGGCCUCUCCCAAUCAGUUGUGUCAGCCGAAGUUGAAAUGACAGCCUAUGGCCUACUUACCUACACUCUUUUGGGUGACGUGGCUUCAGCCCUGCCAGUGGUUAAAUGGCUCUCACAGCAAAGAAAUGCCCUGGGUGGAUUUUCCUCAACUCAGGAUACAUGUGUGGCACUGCAAGCACUGUCCGAGUAUGCCAUCCUGUCGUAUGUGGGUGGGGUCAAUCUUACCAUAUCUCUGGCUUCAACUAAUCUGGACUUCCAGGAAACAUUUGAGCUUCAGUGGGACAACAAGAAGAUUCUGCAGAAAGCUGCGAUCCCAAGCAUUCCAACAGGAUUGUUUGUCAGUGCCAAGGGAGAAGGCUGCUGUCUAAUGCAGAUCGAUGUAUCUUACAAUGUGCCUGACCCAGUGGCUAAGCCAGCUUUUCAGCUGAAAGUGGAUCUUAAGGAACCCAGGCAGGAAUUGCACGCCCCACUUUUCUCACUCCACAUGUCUCCUCGUUCUCGUCGCAAGCGGAGGGUACCUGUAGACGACGAGGACCCAGCAGCCCACCAAGACCACCUAGACUACCGUGUUACACUGGAAGUUUGCACCAGGUGGAUGCAUGCUGGCUCAUCCAAUAUGGCUGUCUUAGAGGUCCCUCUAUUGUCAGGCUUUCGUGCUGAUAUUGAGAGUCUAGAGAGGCUGUUGAUGGAUAAGAGAGUGGGGCUGAAGAGAUAUGAAGUGGAUGGACGAAAAGUAAUCUUCUACUUUGACGAGAUCCCCAGUCAGUGUUUAACCUGUGUGACAUUCAGUGCUGUGAGGGAGUAUAUCGUCGGCAAGACGGCCCCAGUGCCAGUAAAAGUCUAUGACUAUUACGAACCAGCAUUUGAAGCCACUCGUUUCUACAAUGUGAGUGAGAGCAGUCCUCUUGCACGAGAACUGUGUGACGGCACUACAUGUAAUGAAGUGGAGAGCUCCAGCAAUCACUGGACAGGUUUUGCGCAGGGUGGUCAGUGUAAUAACAUUUUUGACUGUCCAGAGGAGGAACACUACGAGUACUGUACAUGUUAUCGAGACUGCGGCUAUGACGGCGAACCUGUUUGUGGUUCUGAUGGGCAGCUCUACCAGAACCAGUGUCAGAUGGAGGUGUCCGCCUGCAGAAAUGUCACACGGAUCGAGCAAAUGCCCUUCAGCUACUGCCCACAGGUGGGGGUAGUGGUAGAGGAGCGAGAACUUGCUACAGGAGAAGAACCAGAACAGGAGCCCAUACUCAUUCCUGCAGGAGGGGAGGAGCCAGGCUCCAUGGCAGAGGUGUCCUACUAUUCAUAUGAGUACGACCCUGACACGGAUGACUUUUCAUCGGAGAGUAAGGAGAAGUUGGAGUUUAAAGGGGAGGAAGAGGAGGCGGUAGACACCGUCGGGCCUCUGAAUGGACAUCUCACAGUGGACACAAAAGACUCACCUGAGCGAUGAGACCAUUGCCUGCCAGCAGCAAAGCUGAGAGCUCCACAUUGUACAUUCUUUGUGAAUAUGUUUGUGUGAAAGAAAGACUGGAGAGGAGAGAUGAACUCAGUCUGUUACUAUGAGAUGACAGCAGUGUGUGUGUGUGUGUGUGUGUGUGUGUGUGUGUGUGUGUUCUGAAAGAGAGAGAGUAUCAGUUCUCCUCUCUAUUUUAUAUCUGCUGCCAUGAGUAGUUUCCAUAACUUUUAGUGAUGGUAUGAUGUUUCCUUUUAUUCCUAUUGUAAUCUAGUUUUAAUAGUCCAGUAUUUAUGUUUGUAAGUAUAAGGGAACUAAAAUCAAAUAUUUUACUGUUUUGUUUUCUAUCUGUGGUAUUUAUUUGUGGCUAGUGACCUUGUUUGUUCUGUUUUUUGUUUAGUUUUUUUACCAUAUUGUCAUAUCCUCUAAUUUUUUUCAACCACAAUCUACUUUUGUAGUUUAACUCCCUGCUAAAAUGUGGCAGGAUUUAAUGCACAUUUCCUGACCAGGUCUUUAUUACAGAAAAAGCUAAUUCAAUUGUGUUAAAGUGUGUAGCUACUAAGCUUGGGAUCGAUUUACAGUGGGUCACGCACCGGAUGCAUCUGAUGUGACGUCAUAAACGUUGCCACAUCUAAUCGUUCAUUUUGCACAGUUACAUACAUUUACAGUGUCAUACACUAUCCUGCAAACUCAUCAACUUCACGUUGUUAAUUCUUGAAGUACAAAAACAUCAGCUUGUAAUGUGUGUGUCAUAAGUGUACCUGGUCCAUGCAGUAAUGGUCUUCAGUAAAGUUUAUGUCGCCCCCUUGUGGUCUCUCAAAGCUAUUUUGUCAGACUAAAUUGAAAGGAAUGCAAAUGGCAGUGAAUUUAAAGCACACAAAUUAAGGUUCUAAUUUAAAUGUCAGCUAAUGUUAAUAUAACAAAUGCCUCAAAAAUUUUUCUAUAAAAUAACGUGCCAAUCAAUAAUUGAUAUAUCAAUAUUUUAUGACAUCCCUAAUAGCUGCUGUUGUUACUUAUAACCUCUGAUUUACACCCUGUCUACACCAGAUGUGAGUGUGAUGUUAUGUUGCAUCAAAAACAAAACACAUUUUAAUCAAUGACACAGUCUACAUUAGAUGUGUCCGUUGCAUAGCAUCGCAGCAACAGUUGACGCAUACCCGGUCACAGCUGUCCAUGUUUGCUGCACGUCAUUCAGAAUGUUCACUUCGACAUCAGUUGGUCAUACUGCUCGGUGUUGUAAGGAUGUUAGAUCAGAAAUGUAGUUUACGCAAGUAUGCAUUCAUAGAUUUUAACGCUUGGCAAAUGUUUGCCAAAGCGUGGUCCAUUUGAACAUGCUUAACAUGUAUUCUUGUGCCGGUAAAAACCGCGAUAGAGUCACCUUCAACAGUGUGUGCUAUUAAACCUGAUGUGUUAUUCUAAUAAGUUACUAUAAAUAUAUUGACUUUAACUUGCUCAGCAAUAUUCUCUUCAAACUGUUGCUUCACCAUUACAGUAGUUGGCUUGAAAAGAAACUCACGGUAGAAGUGAACAGUUUACACUAAUGUCCAUUAUAGCGCCCCUUGUGGCAGCGUUGAGAAUGCAGCAUGUACUUGCAUCGUUAUGAGUUGCAGUCUGACACAUUUUGUAAAGCACAAAAUCGAGCUUGCUUAGCUAGAAGCGUCAGGAUUCACGUACAUGCGUAGUGUGUGUUUUGGCCUUCGGUCAUUAAAGAGAAGAUAACAACUGAUAAAUAAGCUGCCCAGUAAGUCUCUGCAAUAUUAGCUGCAACAUCACAGAAAAUAAACAAAAUCUGACGCACAAACUUUGAAUUGAUUUGAUUGUACAGAACAUAAGCUAUUUUGACUUAUCUGCCAUGCUAAAUGCAAUUCGGUAGACGAAAACGGAAACGCACAUAGAACACAACAAAUCAUUUGCAAAGUCCUAUAUAUCCCCAACCUCUAUUUGAAAUAUAUUGGCCAUUUGUGUUUUGUUUUCAGCUACCAGUAAGAGUGUAGUACUCGAAGUUCCAUGUAACAAAUGCCGCAAUAUUCCGGUUCCCGUCUGGAGAUUCUGUCUUGUAAAUUGCCUGAAUGCCCAUUGUGAAUUCUGAAAAUCACUGUAAAUUUUAACGAACCUUAAAUGAAUGUAUCCUCCAAUGAUAUACAAUAAAAACCUCUGGAAAAAAGUAAAUGAGAAUAAACUUUAUAUGC